CAGGGCGGCGGCGCCAUGGGGUCGCGGAGGGCCCCCAGUCGCGGCUGGGGCCUGGGAGGGCGGGCGGGAACGGGGGCGGACGGCGAGGACGACGGGCCGGUGUGGACCCCGAGUCCGGCCAGCCGCAGCUACCUGCUCAGCGUGCGGCCCGAAACCAGCUUAUCAAGCAACCGGUUGUCUCACCCCAGCUCUGGAAGGAGCACCUUCUGCUCCAUCAUUGCUCAGCUAACAGAGGAGACCCAGCCACUAUUCGAGACCACACUCAAGUCCCGGGCUGUGUCCGAAGACAGCGACGUCAGGUUCACCUGCAUUGUCACAGGAUACCCAGAACCAGAGGUGACUUGGUACAAGGAUGACACAGAACUGGACCGCUAUUGUGGUUUGCCAAAAUACGAGAUCACCCAUCAGGGCAACCGUCACACACUGCAGCUAUACAGGUGUCGAGAAGAAGAUGCUGCCAUCUACCAGGCCUCUGCCCGGAACUCCAAGGGCAUUGUGUCCUGCUCAGGGGUCCUGGAGGUGGGCACCAUGACAGAGUACAAGAUCCACCAGCGCUGGUUCGCCAAGUUGAAGCGCAAGGCUGCAGCCAAGUUGCGGGAGAUUGAGCAGAACUGGAAGCAUGGGAAGGAUGCUGUGGACGAGGCGGACACCCUGCGCAAGCUUAGCCCUGACCGUUUCCAGCGAAAGCGGCGGCUGAGCGGGGCUGAAGUGCCAGUGUCUGCAGCCCCAACUAGGGAGGCUGAGGAUGGGACCUCGGCAGCUUGGCAGGAGGGAGAGGGUGAAUCUGCUCAGCUUCCGGGUCUGGGUCUAAUCAACAGUUUUGCUCCUGGAGAGGUGCCCACCAAUGGGGAACCUGCCCCUGAGAAUGGGGAGGAUGGGGAGCAUGGCUUGCUGACAUACAUCUGUGAGGCCAUGGAGCUGGGGCCUCAGAGAGCCCCCCAAAAGGAGUCUGGGGCCAAGAAGAAAAGAAAAGAUGAGGAAUCUAAGCCAGAUCUGCGGAAGCCAGAAUUAGAGAAGGCAGCCCGAAGCCACCACUCUUCAGAAAACUGUGUCCCCAGUUCAAACAAGCCUGAUUCCUGUGGGACACAGGGUCCCAUGGACACAGAAGAGGUUCAGACCCAUCCCAGAGGCAGGGUGGCACGGGGACCUGGAUCUUCUGGAAAAGAUAGCACCAGGCAGCCAGCCUCUACUGUGGGCACUCAAGACAAGGCCCAGGAUGCCUCUGCUCCAGCCCGUUCCCAGACACCAGCCCCUGUCCCAACCCCAGGAGCAGACCAGGAGGUGUAUUUCUCCCUGAAGGACAUGUACAUGGAGAGCUCUCAAGCUGUCAGGCCUCAGGGGAAGGAGGAGUCCCCACCCCCAAGUGUCAGGGCACCUGGAGACAGUUCCUUGGGAAAGGUACCCAACAAGGCAAGAGGUGAGGGGGGGUCUGCCACCGCUGGUCAGCCUACACCCUCCUUGACUCCCCAGCCAGCUAGGCCUUUCAACAGGAAGAGAUUUGCCCCUCCGAAGCCCAAAAGUGAGCCCACCACUGACAGCAAGCCCAUUUCUUCUUCGAGUCAAGUUCCAGAAUGCGGGACCCAGAACUUAGGGAAGGCCCCUUCUCAGGCCUCUGCCCAGGUGCCGACACCCCCUGCCCGCCGGAGACAUGGCACCCGGGACAGCCCUUUGCAGGGGCGAGCAGGCCACAGGACUCCAGGAGAGGUCCUAGAGUCUCAGCAUGGUCCUGGAGCAACCAUGGCUCCUACCAUAUCUGCCAAUAGCAACUCUGGUGUAGCCUCUGUUGGCUGUAGCACCUCUGGAAGUCAAGGUAUCAUUGAACCCAUGGAUACAGAAACCCAGGAGCAUGGGAGAACAUCUGCUGAUGGAAGAACUGGAGGCAAGAAUACACAGACAGAUGGAAAGAUGUGGGCAGAUGGGAAGACCCAGGGAGACAGAACACAAGCAGCCCAGAGGACACAGGCAGACAGGAAGACACAGGUGGAUUUUGUGACACAAGAAAGUGAGAGGUUACAAUUAGACAGGAACUCAGAGAAAGAUGUGGUGACACAGAGAAGGGUGGAGACACAGGUAGAAAGGACGCAGGCAGAUGAAAGGACGCAGAAAGGCAGAAAGGCACAGGCAGGUGGGACGAUACGGGAAGACACAAGGAUGCAGGAAGAAAAGGGGACGCAGGAAGAAAAGGGGACACAGUCAGCCAGUGUUCCUGCAGCUAUCAAAAACCAAUCAGAGCAUCGGGCUGUGACUAGCCUUAGCCCACCAUCCAGAGCCCCUAAACUUCCACCUUCAGAGCAUCCUAGGUCUUCUCAGAUUAUGGAAUGUUUUGCACAGACCCCAGAAACAUCUUGUAACCUAGAAAAACCUGGCAUCAUGGUCAGAUCUGAGGACCCAGCAGUAACAGCCUCCAGGAACCAUCAGGAUAUUGCAUGGGAUCCCCUGUCUGAGAAUCUCGGGCACCCAGCACAGCUGCCUCCUAAGGAGAACCUGGAACAGGCCAGAGGAGAGAGAUGUCAAGGAUCAGAGUGGUCAGGCCUGGUCAAGGCCAAGCCAGAGGACAAUGUGCUCCAGUGCCCCAAGGAGCAAUGGCCAGGGGAUGUGCUGGGUGUGGAUUUGGGUGGCUCAAGCCUGGAGGUACCCACCAUGCCCUCUCUUCCUGGGACUGAGGAGGGGCUGCACAGUACCCUGACCUCUCAGCAUAUGAGCCCAAGUGCUUUCCUGUCCUCUGGAGAUCAGUCCUUGCUGAGUUCUGCCCCCACACAGCACCUGGGGUCAAAGCCCCUCACUCACAGUCACCCAGCAGAAGUCAUGGCCAUCAGUGCUGAGGGUGCCUGUGCCAAGGAGCCAGAUAUGGAGGGGAGGCCCCCAGGACCCCGGAGCUGUGAUCCUGGCCUCAUAGAUUCUCUGAAGAACUACCUACUUCUGCUGCUAAAGCUAUCCAGCACCCAGCCAAGUGAAGCAGGGGCCCAGUCCCAGGCGGGGGCUGCUGUGGGAAGUCUGGAGCCCACAUCCACUCUGGCCCCCACUGUGGAAGUAGCUGGGCUGAGUCCCCGGACAUCAAGACGCAUCCUGGAGCGUGUGGAGAACAAUCAUCUGGUGCAGAGUGCACAGACCCUUCUGCUGAGCCCCUGUACCUCCCGUCGCCUCACCGGCCUCCUGGACCGUGAGGUGCAGGCUGGCCAGCAGGCCCUGGCUGCUGCCCAGGGCUUCCGGGCUCCCAACCCACUCACUGUCCCCACCAUUGUGGUGGGCGAGGAGGGCUCUGGGCUGACCUCAGAAGGUUCCAGUGUAGGUGAGGGAGAGGUUUCCCUUGAGGGACCUGGCCUCUGGGGAACCUCCCAGGAGAGUGGCGUGGGCGGGCUAUUGGGGGAGGGGGGCAGUCAGGAAACAGAGAGCAGAACCCAGGAGCCCUUCCCUGAGGAGGAGGUCCCAGGGGAGGCUCUAACAGGUCUCCCCGCAGCUACACCUGAGGAACUGGCUCUGGGGGCCCGGAGGAAAAGAUUUCUCCCUAAGGUCAGAGCUUCAGGAGAUGGAGAGGCAACCAAGCCUGAAGAAAGGGAGAGCCCUAGUGUUUCUCCCCGGGGUUCCAGAAAGAGCCUGACACCUGGGUCUCCAGGGACUCCAGGGCGGGAGAGACGCUCCCCUACCCAGGGCAGGAAGGUGGGCAUGUUGGAGGUGCCUCGGGCAGAAGAGGAGUCAGCUGCAGGAGACCUGGGCUCCAGUCCCAAGGCCAGUGGUCAGGACACAGAGCCUGCCCUGGAUGAAGGCAAGCAGGAAGCUCUGGCCAAGCCCAAGAAAGCCAAAGACCUGCUAAAAGCUCCACAGGUGAUUCGGAAGAUUCGGGUGGAGCAAUUUCCUGAUGCCUCGGGUAGCCUGAAGCUCUGGUGCCAGUUUUUCAACAUUCUUAGUGACUCAGUCCUGACUUGGGCCAAGGAUCAGCGCCCAGUGGGCGAGGUGGGCAGGAGUGCAGGGGAUGAGGGACCUGCGGCCCUGGCCAUAGUUCAGGCAUCCCCGGUAGACUGCGGCGUGUAUCGAUGCACCAUUCACAACGAGCACGGCUCUGCUUCCACUGACUUCUGCCUCAGCCCUGAGGUGUUGUCUGGAUUCGUCUCCAGGGAGGAAGGUGAAGUUGGAGAAGAGAUUGAGAUGACCCCCAUGGUGUUUGCUAAGGGUCUGGCUGACUCUGGCUGCUGGGGGGACAAGCUCUUUGGGCGACUGGUGAGUGAGGAGCUCCGAGGGGAUGGACAUGGGUGUAACCUUCGGAAGGCCUCCCAGGCCAAGGUCAUCUACGGGCUGGAACCCAUCUUUGAGUCAGGCCGCACAUGCAUCAUCAAGGUGUCCAGCCUGCUGGUGUUUGGGCCCAGCAGUGAGACUUCUCUCCUGGGCAGAAACUACGAUGUCACCAUUCAGGGGUGCAAGAUCCAGAACAUGAGCAGGGAGUACUGUAAAAUCUUCGCAGCUGAAGCUCGGGCAUCACCUGGCUUUGGAGAGGUGCCUGAGAUCAUCCCACUCUAUCUGAUCUACCGGCCUGCCAACAAUAUCCCAUAUGCUACCCUGGAGGAGGACCUGGGCAAGCCCCUGGAGUCUUACUGUUCCCGGGAAUGGGGCUGUGCUGGGGCUCCAACAGCAUCUAGCAACUCUGAGGCCUUGCAGAAAUGCCAGACCUUUCAGCACUGGCUAUAUCAGUGGACAAAUGGCAGCUUCCUUGUCACAGAUUUGGCAGGGGUUGACUGGAAGAUGACUGAUGUUCAGAUUGCUACCAAACUGCGAGGAUACCAAGGCCUCAAGGAGAGCUGUUUCCCUGCCCUGCUGGACCAGUUUGUCUCUUCCCACCAGUGCAACACCUACUGUGCAAUGCUGGGGCUGAAACCCCUCAAGGGCCCUGAGACUACCCACCCCCAAGCCAAGGCCAAAGGCUCCAAGAGUCCAUCUGCUGGCAGGAAGGGCCCCCAGCUGAGUCCUCAGCCCCAGAAGAAAGGCCUCCCUAGUCCUCAGGGCACCCGGAAGAGUGCUCCAAGCUCCAAGGCCACCUCUCAGGCCUCAGAGGCAGUCACUAUCCAGUCAUUGGGACAGCCUCCCAUCCAAGAUGGAGGCUCCAAGGCCCAGGGCAUGCGGUAGCCCCAGCAGGAGGCUGGGAGCCUCCACCCAGCAGCAGACCAACCAGGAAGCAGCUUGAACCGGAUGGAGACAUUCUCAAUACAGAACAAACCAGAGAAGGUGCCCUAAGGAGGCACUUCUUGGGGACCUCUCUGAGCAGCCUCUCCUCAGUCAACUCCUCAUUGGAUGGCUUUGGGCACGGCAUACAGCCCAUUGGCCUCUCCUGGUGCCAUUGUCAACCAGGGCUUGCAGGCCUUAAGCAGGCCCCACCUCCAAGUGCCUGGAGAGCUAGGCCCUUCUUGAAGUUUACACAUGCCACUGCUGGAGGCUUCCCCAAGUCCCCUGCAUGAUUUCUGUACCCUGAUCCCUUGCCCCAGCCAAACACUGCAAUGAAUGUUGUACUCUGGGGGCCUGGGGGCCAACAUUUGCUGUUUUGCCCAUUUGGCCUCUAUCUCUUCCUGUCCUCAAGGCUCCAGACUUUUCUCUGUUGGGUCUGACCUGGUGAUUUUCAGGGUAUCUUCUUCCAGCUACUUAGCUUGAUUCAUGCUAGCUUAUCCCGCAACUAACUGUCCCUGAGCAUGCACAGUGCUCAGGGCCCUUCCAGAGCCUGUCAUGUCCUUCUGCCGUAGUCUUUGAUGAUGUGUGCUCCUGCUCUUUCUUCCCAUCACUUGGGCACUCAUUCCCCUACUCCCAUGCUCUCUUGUACCUCCAUCCCAACCCCAUUCUUUGAGUUGCAGCUGACUGCCCAUCAUCAAUUCUUUGCUUGUCCCUUUGUCCCAGUCCUCCCCUAGCCCUGACCCCACAUCCAGUCCACCAUUAUUCAGGUGAGGCCCAGUCCCUCUGGUCUCUCCCUCCCUUUUAGUGCCCUCUUCCUCUACCUCUCCCAGAGUCUCUGCUCAUGAGGUGAGACCUGGCAUGAGGGUGCCAGCAGCAAUAGCCAGAGAGAGAGUGUUGACUUUGAGGGGCCUCAGGCUUAAUAUUGAAAGGAGUGGGGUCACAGCAAGAUUUGUAUUCGCCUCUCAAAGGGAUAAAGGGCUGGGGCUCUUCCUCAUGGGGAAGUACACGUGGGUAUUCUAGGAAGGAUCCGUUCACCUGCUUGGGUGGAGUGUUCUCUACCUGGGAAUUAGGACCCCUUGCCCCCAACCAUUAGCUCUUGAUCCUGGGGCUCCAGCUCUGGGCCGUCAUGUAUGGGCUUCUGAGGAAAUUAUGUGCUGGGCCCAACAUCUGGGGCCCUUCCUGGACAUCCCUCCUUGAGACCUGGAGUGGGGCAGGUCUGGAGCUAGCCUGUUCCCCUUGGAAUGCAAUAAAGGCAGCAACCGUGUGUCCUGCUUGCCCUCAUCUGGUGUGGUUAUAGUCAGGAUCCCCUCUUCCCAGGUGGUCUAUCUGAGGGUGUCUUAUAGUUCCUGGGUCCACCGGAAAAACGAAUCUACGUUUUGGCUCCUCGCCUGAAGUUCCAGCUCAGUCUUCUGUGGCCACAAUUGGACAGUCUGUGCUAGUUGUACAAUUGAGCUGAUGGCUUGUGUCCCUUAGCAAGGUGUUUGGGGACUUAAUGACUUUGGAAUUGCACCUUUGUUUGGAAGAGGAACAUGAAUGAAGGAACCUAGAAAGGAAGAACAGAGUUGGGGACUCUACAGAAACUCCCUGUAUCUCUGGCUGCCGCCAUCACAGCAAGACCGGUCUGGAUGUCAAGCAGCAUCUGCCCCCCAGCUACUUACUGACCCUUACAUGCUUCUCAGUUCCACCUCACCUGACCCAGGGCCUUUCCUCACCUGAUGUUUCCCCCUCCAUUCUGAUGUUUUUAACUGCUCUACCUCCUUUAUGCUCAGGUGGUUCCCGACUUCCUUCUCUUGCUCCAGUGGGCCCUUAGUUCUCCCAACCUACAUACCCAGCUUACUUUGGUGAACUGAGAGCUGGAAUAUUGUUCAUCCAUUUAUUCAUUUACCCAUUCAUUCAGCAGACAUAUAGUGAGCACCUACUUUAUGCCAGCCCCAUAUAUGCUGGGAGGCAAAGAUGUCUAGGCAGUCUCAGGAGAGAAUGCCCAUCCUAAAGGGUGCUUGAGUUUUGAGCAACAGAAAUGAACUUGGACCAACUUAAGCAAAAGAAGGGUUCAUGGGAAAAAUGUUGGGGUAGUUCAUGGAACCAAAAGAAUAGUUGAACAAUUUAUUAGCCCUGGGGAGAGCAGGAGCCAGGGCAGCUCCAGUACUCAUCCCCAGGAGUUGUUGUUAUUGGUCCCAGUGUCUCCCUCCACUCAGGAUCCAAAUUCCAGGUAAGAGAAGCUGGUCUGGAGCUCAUGUCUUCACAGAAUGAGAGAGAGGCAGUUUCUCAAAGGAUGGGGAUUCUUACCAGAAGAAUUGUGGAGAGUGGAAGGGUAGAAAGGGGUUUGGUAGACAAAACCAAAAGAUAUUCCCCGACACACACAUGGUUCUUCCCAUCUGAUAUAUUGACUCUUCCACAUACAACCAAAAGCAAAUUUCUCUAUCCUUAGGGAACUCCAGGUCAUAUCCAACUACUAAGUCCAGGUGUAAUGACAGGGCUACUGUUUCUCUAAAGUCCAGUUGUCACUAGUCAUAAUCUACCUCUUUUAUUUUUGUCAAACUAAAUCCCACUUUGAAAUUCUUCAACCAUGAAACUGGUAAAAUUAACCAUGUUCAACUAAAAUUAUAUAACCCAGCAAGAAAGAUGGUUAUAAGUAAAGACUACAGGCCAUUUCUACAGCUACUCAUGAGAACUAGUGUCUAUGAUUAGAACUUUUUGGCCUGUUGGAGUUCAGUUCUGAAAUCCAGGCCCUUAGUGGUGCUGCCUUUAUGACAGAUACUUACUGCUAGACAUGGCAGUACCAGGAAGCACACCAGGAAUCUUCCAUGUCCAUCUCUAGUCCUGGCCAUGUAGCAGCAACCAUAUUUUCUCUCCACAGGUUCAUCAUUCUAGCUAUGCCCAUAACCUCUUAUUAUCUGUCCCUCAGAGGCAUGAGGAACCUGAGAUUGGCUUCCCUUUCAGUUGAAUCAUUACUCCCUCUUUGAGGAUGUGUUUCUCCCUUGGGAACUGAAACCUCUACACCAGCCUGGUUCCAAACCUCAAGCAUGAGAAAAGCAGUAAGAUAUGGUGAUAGCAUGUCCAUCUUUUCACCUCUUCCUAGCCCUGUACGGGAAAUAGCUCCAUGUCUGAUUGAUGGUUCAGUUUACACUUUCUCCUGCAGGCCUGCGUCAGCCUCUCAGGUUGCUGUAUUUGGUGCUAUAGCUGAGUUUUAUUUUAUUUUUUAAUUUUUUGCAGUACUGGGGAUUGAACCCAGGGCCUUGUGCUUGCGAGGCAAACACUCUACCAACUGAGCUAUAUCCCCAGCCCUAUAGCUGAGUUUUCAACACACCAUUUCACCAUCCUAUCAAGUCAUCUGCUUCUGGUCUAUGGAAAUCUCACAAGAUGAGUGGAGGCCCUGUGCACCAACCCAUUACUUUUGUUGUAAACUGAAUUCUUUGGUUGAGUAUAAGGUGUGAGGAUACCACAGUGAUAUUUGUGGCAUUUGAUAAUUCACUGUAUGUUGAUGGAGGGAGAGGCAUGAUGAGUAAGGAGAACCAAUCCAAAUCCAGAACAAGUUACUGCCCCCCCGCCUUAGGGUCAUAGGUGUAGACUGAGGGAAGCUUGGCAGUGUGGUAGGAGGAGGCUUAGUGGGGGAGUGAGUAAGCCAUCCACAUAUACUGCUUGUGCCUUUAGAGUCCCAUCCUGGAGUGACUGUGUCUACCUGACUUCAUGGCUGGUGGAUCACACAAUUCCAAGAGGACAGCAUAGCUGCCUUGCCAUAGCCAAGUAUGGACUCCCCAGAGCCUUGUGGAGAACCAGAAGGGUAUUUCUCAAAAGGAUAAUGGUUCCCUGUUGGCCAGAGCAUCACUUGGUUCUGAAUGCUGGGUUCCCCUACCAAACAUCUCUUAGCAGGACUUGCCACAUGCUCCCUAGAGCACUCUGCUCUGUCACAGGCUCCACAUGGCUUGCUGCUGUGCCACAGACAGACACAUUAAGCACCACUGAGUCUGGCAGGUCAUGUGAACUCGUGGCAGAACCAGUUAUACUAAAGGCUUUUCCCAUGGGAGAGCUUUCACUUGCUCUUGGAGCAGCUCAAAGCUAGCAGCCUACUAGGUCAGUCAGUAAUUGGUUUGGAGUAAGAUCCCCCAAAGUGGCACACAUUGCCUAGAAUUAGGCCUUAGUGGUAAGGAGUUUGGCCCACUUAUGAAGGAAAUGUUCAACCCCCAGAAAGUUUUCAAGGGGGCAAUGUUUGCAUUGUUUGUGUUUUCAUGUGAUUUAUCUCUGACCUCUGACAUACAUAUGUCUUACCCCUAAGGCACCCAGGGAAACUGCUGUCCCCCAGAGCCUUCUAUGGACCUAGAUAGAUGGGCACAGAUCCUUUUGGGGGAAGGCUGCAAGGAAGGGUCACGAUAUGCAUCAAAUGUUAAAAUAAGCCUUUCCUUCAAAAAGAUAUUUGGAUAUUUGACUUCCUCUCCAGUUAAAAUCUAGAGAGGGAGAUCUUGACUUUACCUUGGCAGCUUGAGAUAGACCUGUUGGCCCAACCGGGAAUUACUGCCCGACCAGUCACAACACUUACUAGGUGGUAUUUUAGGAACUGCCUGUCCUUUUUCAUUCCCAGGACUCAGUGAUUGAUUAACCAUAGCUCAAGAUCUGGUUUCCAUGUCCAUGUCUAUUUUCAUGACCAUCCAUCCAACUUUGUUCCUGACUAUCUCUGACGCUGAAGUCAGGGAGUUUAUAUUUAUAGCAGCUCUUCCAACCAGCAUUCCAGGCCUAGAGAGGAAGCCAGCAGAGCCUCACCCAUUUAUUUCUCAGGGCAAGGAGGAAACCCACCUUCCAAUCCUGCUAGAGGACGAUGAGAGGGCAGGUGGGUUGGAUACAUGCCAGGGACUCAAUAAAGCAUUUUUGUCUUCUGAAAUCUUUGAAUUACUUCCUUUCUUGGAUUUUUGGUUGUUUUUGUUUUUGUUUGUUUGUUUGUUUGUUUUUAUGAGAUGGGAGUUUUGCUGUAUUUUCCAGCCUGGCCCCAAACAUUUGGGUUUAAGCGAUCCUUCUGCCUCAGCCUCCCAAGUACCUGGGAUUUUAGGCACACACUACCACACUUGGCUCGUUAGGUCUUUUAAUAUAGUAUGAGCCAAAAUUUGGUCCAGAGUUGUGUUAUCCAAGUCCCCUAAAACAGAACUGUAUCUGAUUACAUGAGUUUCUAUACCAAGUGAAGAAUCUCU